AUGCGAGGAAGGUUUGACGAAGCCGCGUCGCUCGCAACGGCUCCCAGCGCAGAACACGGGGUUCGGAAUCCUAAGGAAUCGGCUCCCGUGUUUAUCCGCGCGGCUGCGACGGCCAACGCAGCCGCCAUAGGUCUCAGCAUCGUGACCGCCGCGCCUUGCCUCCCCACCGUUUCCCCCGCCUCCGCCGCCGCUUUCAACCGCGUUGCUGACGUGGCGGCGGCGGGGCUGCCGGCGGAGGUUCUGCCGCCGAUCGCGGCGGUGAAUACGGGCGACGUGUGGCCGUCGCUGUACCACUCGGCGCAGUUCUUCUCGUCGUUCCGCUCGCUGCCCGUUCCGAUCACGUUCGACCAAGGAAGCUUCGCGGAUCGAUCGGGCUUCGCCGCGCCGCCGCUAGUGUACACAUACCCUUCCGCUGACGUCACGAGUGACGCGUCGGUGGGGACUAGUAACGAGCCGCUAACGGCUCCCGCAGUCGCUGAAUCGUCGGCAGUUCCGGCAUCCCUGCCGGCUAAUCUACCGGCUGCACUACCGACCGCACUACCGGCCGCCUUACCCGCUUCUCUCCCUGCUGGAAACUAUGUUCUGCCCGAGCCUACUGCUGCGGUUUUGCGCAUGUCCCCCUCUAGGGCUGCGGUGCCCAGUGCGCCUGUGUCGCUCAAUUACUCCGCUCCCGCCGCGUCCGCGGAUGCGGGGAAGGAGGCGGCGGGUCCCGCGGGCGCGGCUGCUGACGUGGUGUUCGGUGUCAAUGUCGUUCGUGGUGUGUCUGCAGAAGUCGGGCAUUCUCCCCAAGUCCACGCCCUCUGUGCUCAGCCAGGUCUCCUUCCGAGUGCUCAUCCCAUGCUUCCUAAUGAGCAAGGAAAUGUUGUCUCCUUCCGAGUGCUCAUCCCAUGCUUCCUAAUGAGCAAGGUGGCCGCUACUCUCUCUGGCGAGUCCCUGUCAGCCCUCGCAGUGCUGCCGCUCAUUGCUAUUCUCCAGGUGUUAGUAGGCACGGUGUUGGGCAAGGCUGCGUGCCUCGUGGCCUUCCACAAGCCCUCGUCACUGCUGCCCUCCGCUGCCCUGCUGCCCUCUCUUGUCACCGGCAACACCGGCAGCAGCAGCAGCAGCAGCAGCAGCAACUUGAAGCAUGGCGACGGCACCAGCAGAGAAACCCACUCUGAGCUUGUCGCCACUGCUGCCGAACCAGCAGCAUCGGCAGCAGCAGUGUCAUCAGCAGUAGCAUCGGCAGCAGCAGCAGCAGCAGCGGCACUGAGGACAAAGGAGUCGGUGGUGACAGCGGUGUGUGCGUUCAGCAACUCGCUGUCGCUGCCUCUCGUGUUCCUCACGGCGCUGCUCAGCCAGGUGGACGGCGACAGGGCAGCUGGCUACCUCGCUCUCUUCAUGAUGGGCUGGCAGCCGGCGCUGUGGACGAUUGGCUACAGCAUCUUGAAGGAUGCUGGCAAGCCUGCUGGCGGUGUGAGCAGCAGCAGCAGCAGCACCAAGCCAGCUGCGACUGUUGUUGCUGCUGCUGGUGGUGGUGGUGUUGGUUCCGUGCGUGCGUGGGCGAGCAACGCUGUGGAGUGUGUCUCUGGCGUGGCUAAGAAGGUGUUCAACCCGCCUAUGUAUGGGGUUCUCGUGGGGGUUGUUAUCGGCACCACCCCGCUCGGCCAUUUCUUCCUGCCUGCUGCUGCUGAUGCUGCUGCGGCUGCUACAGCUGCUGCUGCUGGCUCAGGCGACCUGCUGUCCUCUCUCCUCAGCCCUGCUACAGCCGGAGUGCUAAACCCUCUGUUUGGGGCAGCAGGCAUGCUAGGGGGAGCAUGCGUGCCAGUGCAAACCAUCGUCCUCUCUUCCUCUCUCGCUGACGCCCUCCCCUCCAACCUCUCUUGGCCCAAAUUCCUCCCCGCGCUCCCCAACCUCCCCACUCCUCCCAACCCCUUCGCAAACCUCCAAAAGUCCCUCUCUGCCAAAUUCCCCGCCCCUGUCUUCCCUGCUGGUUCCCCCCCUCUCGCCGAUCUCCACCACCUCCUCCAAUCCCUCCUCACCCCUUCGUCCUCCUCUUCUUCCUCUUCUCACCCCUCCUCCUCCCCGUCCUCCUACUCCUCUUCCUCCUCUGAUUCCGCCUCCUCACUUUGGCUCCUAGCCCGUUUAGUCCCCCACCAACCAUUCCUUGGGAACUCCGUUCUAGCAGCUUCCUACUCCACUGCUGCUGCAGCUGCAGCCACCGCUUCAGCUGCUUCAGCAGCUGUUGUCGCCGGUGGCGCCACUGCUGCUGUCCUGGCCGUCCCAGUGCAAGGGAGAGUGGAGAGGGGCGCGGAGGCGUUGGAGAGGGGUGAGGAUGGGUUGAAGCAGGUGCGGUCGUGUGAGGCCGAGAGCAACACCGAGGCGGUGGGAGGGGUGGCGAUGCUGGGGGAUGGGGACGUUACGGGUGCAUUGGAGGUGAAUGGGCUAGAGGCGGUGGAGUUAGAAAUGGAUUUGAGCAUGGGCCAGGGUGCUGCCAUGCACCUGGAGCGACCAAACACUGAUGCUGCAGCAGCAGCAGCUGUAGGGGACGCUGAUGCUGCCGGUCCUUCCACUGCAGCAGCUGCCGUGGGAGAGGAAGUAGCAGCGCCUAUUCGCCCUGUUGCUCCUGCCAUGUCUCCUGAACUGGCAGCUGCGCUGGCUCCUGCUACUGCUGCCGCCCUCGCCCCUUCUUCCUCCGCUGUGUUUGCCCAUACAGCAGCAACACCAACCGCCACGGCACCUGAAUCCGUUGCCACUGCCCGCGCCGCAUCUGCUGUUGUCGCUGCCACUGCUGUACCUGCUGCUGUUCCUGCUGCUGCUGCUGCUGCUGCUGCUGCUGCUGCUGCUGCUGCUGCGGUAGCUGCACCUGCCACCGCACCAACUUUGGCAGGGCCGCCAGCAGACCUGCUGGACAAUCGUGCGCUGGUAGUGGUGUCACUCGUGCGCCUGCUCGUCUCUCCCAUCGUUGGCAUGACCAGCAUCAUGGCUCUCUACCACGCUCACCUCAUUCCCCAGGACCCUAUCUGCGCGCUUUGCCUCAUGGUGCCCACAGCCAUGCCGUCAUCUCAGAGCCUCGUGGUUCUCACUCAGCUGAGUUCUAAGACGCGCCCUCUAGCAGGAGUGCUCGCCUCACUCAUGCUUCGACAGUACGCCCUGGCCAUGCUACCCAUCACUAUCUGGGUCACCGUUUUCCUCACCAUCCUCAACAUCCCCAUGUGA